GCAUUAUUGUAAUGUGGUGAUUCGGAUAAUUAGCACGCGCGAUAUCGCGCCAUGCCACCACUUUUUCAGACUGCGCGGUUUUGCCGCUUAUCGCGCCCGGUUUCCGAUCGGCCGACAAGCGGAAAAAUGCGGUUUUGCUUUGGUGCGUAUGUGAGUCUCGGUGUUUUUUCYCAUCAUUUUAACCAGAAGUUUGUCCAGUUGGCAAUCACGCGCAGUUUUAACUGGUGCGCAGCUGGCAAAACGUUGCCAGCUCGUUCACAACGCUCRYUCGACAAUUUUUCCCGGUGAAAAAAAAUAUUCCGUCGUUCCCUGGCUCAAUGCAGCAACGCAUGCAGUUGGGGGAUUUCCGGAAAAAUUUUCGCAAUUUUUCCAAAACCAUUUGGAACUUGAUUGGCACUGUCACCUGUCAUGCGCGCGUUUCAGAACGGGCUGGUCGAGUGCAAGAACACCUGCCCCAAAACGGACGGCUGCCAUCUGGUGGUGACGGACGGCUGCUGUAAAGUGUGCAAGGGCUGCAACUACAAGGGCGUGGCCUACGCCAGCCACACCGAUUGGUCGGAGCCGGCCAAUCCGUGCAAAGUGAUGCGAUGCGAGGCGGGCGUGGUCACCAUCUCGGACAUGCACUGCUACACGCCCUGCCCCAACCCGCUGCCGCCCGAGCCGGGAAAAUGCUGCCCCACCUGUUCAGUGUGCAAAUUCAAUGGGCAAGUGGUGGCUGAGGACCGGGACGUCGUGUCCGAGGACGAUCCCUGCUUGAAGUGUCGCUGCAGUCGCGGCCGCCUGACCUGCGCCAAAAGGUCCUGUCCGGUGCUGCAGUGUUCGCGGGCCAUGCAGGAGAGGGCGCCAGGUGAGUGCUGUCCGCGCUGCAACGGCACGCGCGCCAUCCUGCUGGUGCCGAACACCUGUCCCAUACAGCGGUCCUUUUUCCGCGAGGGGCAGGCGCUGAAGUUGGACAAGUGCAUCGAGUGCGCGUGCGUCAACAGCACGUCAGUGUGCACGCGCAGCGCCUGCCCGAUCUUGGAGUGUGCGCCCGAGCUGCAGCGCACCUUCCCCGCCCACUGCUGCCCCACCUGCAUCCAGCAGCCGACCGACGAGCUGAUCAGCCAGUGCCACUACGCGGGCCACGCCUACGAGGAUGGCAACGUGUGGAAGCUGGACGCGUGCAGUUCGUGCGAGUGCCACGACGGGAAGGUCAGCUGCGCGCGCAUCCGCUGCAACACCACCUGCGCCGCCGGCAUGAAGCAGAUCAACGUGGAGGGCGAAUGCUGUCCGCAGUGCGUUGAAUUGGAAGGGGCGUGUAUGGCGUUCGGCGACCCGCACUACAAAACGUUCGACGGCAAGAUCUACACGUUCAAGGCCAUGGGGCGGUACCAGCUGGUCGAGCAGUGCGGCGCCGGCAACAACGCCAGCGCCUUCUCGAUCAAGGUGGCCAACUACGCCACGCCCCACUACAUGGACUCGCCAAUCACGAAGCGCGUGGCCAUCAGCUACGGGGGGGCGCGCCUGAAUCUGCAGCAGCGCCUGCGCGUCAAGUACAACGGGCGCAGAGUGGGCCUGAACUUCGAGAGGGCGGGGCAGUUUGCGCUGCGCAAGCUGCCCGAGGGCGUGGAGGUGCGCCUGCACAAUGGCGUCGUGGUCGUGUGGAACGGGCGCAGCUUCCUCGAGGUGACGGCGCCCGCCGCCUUCAAGGGGCGCCUGUGCGGCCUGUGCGGCAACUUCAACGGCGACCUGCAGGACGAGCUGCGGCUGCGCUCCGGCAAGACGGUGGGCGACAAGGACGUGGGCGCGUUCGGCGCCUCCUGGUGCGUGGGCAAAAGGGCGGAGUGCGCCCAGAAACCGAAGACAACGCGGCGCACGCACGGCGACGUGGGCGCCUGCAAGCACUUGAACGGGCGCGACUUUGGCGCCUGCGAGUCGCAGCUGAGCAACACCAAAUACUACAAGGCCUGCAAGAUGGACAUGUUCAAUUGUGCGCAUGGCAAGUGCUACUGCGAGAGCCUGACCGCCUACUCGAGAGAGUGCGAACGAUUGGGCGUCCAGCUGCCGCCCAAUUGGCUCAAGAACAGUCGCUGUGACGCGCGCAGUUUGCGCCAAUCGCACGCACGCGCCACCUCGCGGCCGUCCACCUCCACCACCAAGGAACGCCUGUCGAAGCUUCUGCACCAGGCCGCCAGGGGGCAGCAGCCGGGGGCGGGGCAUGCGCGCCAGCCCAUCCCCAUCCAGUAGGGCCACGCCCCCCCGCCCAUAGUGCUAGUCAACUUCAGUAUUCUCCCGCAGGGGGCGCAGCCCCAGUAUUACCAUUCCAAGGCACCCUGGCUCCGCCCCCUCUUCGACAGUCAAUCGAUCAGCCAACGGCCACGCCCACUACCAAAGAGAAUUUGCUUUGAUUUGCUGAGAAUUUGAUCGAUUGGCGGUUUGCAACAAUUCAUUUCUGUAUAUACGUUUUAGUAUGAUGGACGCUGGCCUAGCGGCCGAAACGUUCCCUAGUUACGUUACUUAGUUCCUAUUCCAUGUACUUGAUUGUUUGUUUGUCUGUUUGUAUAAAUAAAUAGGUUAGGUUAGGUUA